CACACUGGUGCCCAGCCCGCAGUUUCCAGAUACGAAAAAUGCAUUUGUAUUAUUCGAUCGGGCGCAGAUCGGAUGAAAAGCGGGGCUUGGAGUGCAGACAAAGAAUCUGGUUCUGGUCAUGAUUUUCCAUCCGCGAAUUGUCAACUUUAGUUGAACACGUAGUUGUUAGUGCCCCAAAAACAACAACAAAAGGAACGAUCGCGAAAAAGAGAGACGGAUGCAAACAAUGCGUACGCGAGCGUGUGUGUGUAAGACAUUCCACAAGUGAAUCAUUCUUCAAAAAUAAUAAAUAAAUAAAUAAGACGAGCGAUGUAAACUAAUGCGAAAUGUUUGCGGAAAUGUGUCAACAAGUGAAUGCCGUAAAAUAUCAGUGCAAUACCAAUAUGUGUGGGAAAUCAAUUUGAUUUUAAGAGUACUCUUUUUCGCCCACCGCUCUAUUCCUCUCUCUUACUCUUUGUUUUCGUUUUUUUUAUUGUUGUGUUGUGUGUUGUGAAUAAAAAAGAAGUUAAGUUAACCACGCAUAAAUUGCAUACGAAAUUUCGACAAGGAAAAAGCGAAAGGUUCCGUCAUGGAGCAGGCGCGCCCGGUGCCCGCCCCUCGUCGCCUCUAUCCCGAGCUGCGUCCCGCCAACUACGAGAACAUUGAGAUCCGGAUGCCCAACAAUGCAAGUAAUAAUAUGAACAACAACAAUAACAUCAAGAAGCUCAACAUAAAUGCGGAAAAUCUGCACGGCAACUGUGCAGAAAAGAAGCUGCCAUCGAGUGGACAAAACAAGUUGAUACUGCAGGAGAAUAAUUGCGAUAGCCAGCAGCCGAUUUAUGGUCCCGAUGCCAAUGAGAAUAUCCAGGAGCCGGUGUAUGCGACGCCAAGGCCUGCUCCGCGCCAGCGUAUGCCACCCACCGGGCACGAAGUGGAUCCCGAUCCCGAGGACGAGGAUGAGGUGCCACUGAGGAUUCUGCGAGCGGCGCCACAGGUGCCGCCUAAGCCACUCAACAUCCUGCCCGACCAGCGAGCCUCGAUCUGCAGCGAGGUGUCCACCACCAGUACCCAUGCCAUGGGCAAAGCCGACGAGGAUCGGGAUGGAUCGCGGUACGCAUCCAAUGCAUCGCUGGACUGCAGCGAGAGCUCUCACAGCGGCAAGUUCAAGUCGCAGUCACCCGGGUACGUAGACGCCGUCGAUUCAUCCAUUCCCCAGUCGCUGGAUCCAAACGGGGAUGAUCCACGGGCAGACUCAUCCGCAGAACAGUCCUCCGGCAGCCAAGAAGGCGAAGAUGACAACAACCUGCUGCGAUCGCUGGGCACCACUUCCAAGCUACUGGGAGAAGCUAUCGGCGAGCGGAUCACUUUCAAGGCCAAGGGAGCCAAAAAGCGACUGGACAGGAACCUGAAGAGCUCCACAGAGGCGAUCAGCACUCUCGGCGCGGAUGCAGGCCGGAGUUUGAAGCACGCCGGCAAGAGAUUCGGCUCCAAUUUCAGUCUGGGCAGGUCCAAGGACAAGGAAGAGGGCGGUGGCAGCGGGGGUCGGGCAGGAGGAUCGGGAGAAAUGGAUCUGGACAGGCGGCAGACGAUGCCCAAUACGGAGGUCUUCAAUACGAUACAGUUCUCGAGUCCACUGAACCGGAACGGUGGUCUCUCCGAUCUGCGGGAAAACGAUGCGAAGGUCCAGAAGGAGGAGGAAAUGCGGCAGGAGCAGGAGGAUGACGGCUGCUACGAGGUGCCCAAGGUGCAAGGCAAGCCGCCCAGCUACGAUGAGGCGCUGAGGGCACGCCCCUCGCCCAGUGACACACCGCUGGCCAGGAAUCUCGCCCAGGAGGCCGCCCAGCUGGUCCAGUUGCGCAGCCAGCGGCAGCUCAGCAGCAGCUCCUCGAACGGCGAUGACUUGCCGCGCCUACCCAUGCCCGCCUUUCCCCCACCCCGCCUCUCCCAGCAGCCGGAGCAGUUCCGGAUGGACGCACUGCAGCCGCCAGUGCGCCAUAAGCGCAAGAACUACGAACACAUCGAGCUGCGGCGUCCUCCCGUGGACUCCGCCCAGCUGGAGGAACUCAAUCGGGCAGCAGAGAUGGCAGAGCGCGAGGAAUCGCUGCUGAUCUCCGCCAAGAAUGCCGAGGCGGAGUCCAAGGCCCCGAAGCCCGAACGCAGCGAUUCCUGGGAGUUCUACGGUGAGGACGAGACCGAGGAGGAGGAGGAGGAUCAGGAGGGCAACUCCUCACCGGAGCCGGUUUACGCCAACCAGGAGGCCACCUACGGCAAACUAUUCGAAAUGGCCACCGCAGGGAGCAGUCGCAGCAAUGUGCUGACCCCCAACCAGGUGGCUGAGCAGCAGCAGCAGCAGCUCGCCUGCAUCACCGAGGAUGCGGAGUUGGAUGGCGGCGAGGGUGCGGUGGGAGGUGUUCCCCUGCCGCAGGCGCUGAUCGAGGAGUUUGAUCCGCUCUCCAGCAAGUGUCCCACGCUGGCCAGGUCGAACAAGAGCAACGAGCUGCUGCUGCUGGAGCACCUGCUCGAGGAGGACACCUACGGCACGGUGAAGACAGAACAGGACGAUGUCAGCAUGUGCACCUCCGAGGAGGAGCCGACCACGACUAGUGCCACGACCCCAACGAAGAUCCAUCAGCCGCAGAUUGUGCACCAGAAUGCCCAUCUGCUCAGCGACAGCAUGGAGAACAUGCUCGAUUCGGAUCAGGAGCGGAUCAGGGACGAGGAGCGCGCCAAGCCCUAUCUCAGCCGAACGCCGGAGUCGGCCAGCAAAGGUGGCUUGGUGGACUUGGCCAGUACCUCGCGGAACCGCACCAAUUGGUUUGUGCCGGACAAGGCUGGUGUGUCCGAUGCAGCCAAACCGUCCGCCACCAAAACAUCGCCCCCCAUCGAGGGCGACAGUCCACCCACUUACCUGGAGGCCAUCGGGGGCAGCAAGGAGUCCGUCAACAGUCAGGAGAAUCGCUCCACCAUUGGCGCACGCUUCCGUCAAACCAUCAGCGCCUUUUCCAACGUGAAGCUGCGCAUGGACGCCAUGAAGCGAAAGGCCAGCUUCCGAGCCAAUCAGCGGCAGUCGGACGUCAAGGUGGCCCUGCAAAUGGUGCCCAGACCCAGCCUAUCGCCCCUAUUAAUCCGCUACGAGGGCCCGCUGGUGCGUUUCCCCACCGGCGUCGUGGAGGACAUACUCAAGGAGAUGCAGAACCGCAAGGCCAUACUCAGAGAGCGCCAGUUUCAGACGUUCCUCGACCAGGAGAUGAAGACGCCCAGAGAGGUGAUACCCCUGGACACGAUCACCACGCUGCAGUGUGUGAGCAACAGUCGCGUCACGGAUACGGCCACCCAUUUCUACUGCUUCGAGAUCACCACCUCGCAGCCGAAGAACGGCAAUGGAGCGGGCGAUACCAUGUCCUCGAAUCCCAAUCUCCUGAUGACCAGCAACUCGUCGGGCAAUGUGAAGCAGCAGCGGGUCUCGCAUCUGUAUGGUGUGGGCAAGGAGUCGGAGCGCAGCGUCUGGAUGCAGAAGAUCCUCGAGAGCUUGACCAACAGUCUGCCGGUGAAGUACACCUGCCACUAUUAUCGCGCGGGAUGGUGUUACCUCAAGAAUUCCAUCACCUCGGAGUGGAGUGGCACUUGGUUGGUGCUUCGCAAGAGUCAGCGACGUCUGAUCUUUGUGAGCGAGGCCAACGGCAAUGUGGAGAAGUUGGACCUGCGCAAAGCCCGCUGCAUAGUGCUGAAGGAGAGCGACGACUCCAUCGACAAUCUGCACGUGGAGAGCGGCCCCAUGCUGAUGAUCGACUGUCCCCCCUAUGCCGUCUACAUGAUCAUGAGCUCCGCCCGGGAGACGAAGAUCUGGCGGCACAUCAUUCGCGAAGUGGCCCACAACAAUGGCUUCUCGCUGGGCGAUCAACAGCUGACCCGCUACGAUGUGCCCGUAAUUGUGGACAAGUGCAUUAACUUUGUGUACAUCCAUGGCUCCAUGUCGGAGGGUAUAUACCGCAAGUCUGGCUCGGAGAACUCUAUGCACAAGCUGAUGAGCGCCUUCCGGGCGGACGCCUUCAAUGUGGAGAUCACCCGUAACGAGUACAACGAACACGAUGUGGCCAAUGUGCUGAAGCGCUUUAUGCGCGACCUACCCGAACGAUUGCUGGGCAAGCUCACGGACAGCUUUGUAUUUGUCACGGAGCUGGCGGUGGCCACCGAGAAGAUCCCUAUCUACCGAGAGCUGCUCGCCAGACUGUCCGCCAUCGAGCGCGAAACGUUGCGUCGGAUUGUGGGGCAUCUGGUGUUUAUCAGCUCGCAGCAGGCCAAGAAUAAGAUGAGCAUCCAGAACCUUACCAUGAUCUGGGGACCCACGCUGCUGGCCAAGAAGAGCGACGAGCUAAUCUACUCUCAGAAGGAGGCCGAUGUGCUCAGCGAUCUGAUAGUGCUCUACAAGAAUCUAUUCCCGUGCAGUGCCGAUGAAAUGAAACGGGAGCAGGCCAUGCUGGCAUGUCUUCAGAAGUAUUAUGCGGCCGCCGAAACGCUCAAAGAUGCGGUGAAGCAGUCCGGUGACAUCAAGAUCUGGAUCAGCCUCAAUCCUAAUCCUGAUAACAAAACAGAGGAAAAGACGCAAGUGAACGCCACCAUUUCGCCCACUAAGACCGCCUACGAGCUGUGCCGUGAGUACUCCGCCAAGAUGCAGCUCCCCACCCACCAGUUGACCCUGUACGAGGUGAUCUUGAACGACAGCUUAGAGCGUCCAUUGCACCAUGACACCAAAGUAUUCGAUGUGAUCCUAAAUUGGUCCUACUGGCCGGAGGAGGAUCGCAAGCACAAUUACUUGGUGGUGCGUCCGGUUGAGAUGUUGUGCGAGAUCCAGCGAGUAGUGAAGAAUCUAGCCACUUUAACGCCCGGCAAGGAGCUUCGUUUUGCCGACUCUCGCACCAAGACCUUUAAAACGCUGCAAUGCGAGCUGCGGGACGGAAAGAUUGUCGUGUCUAAAAAGGACAAGAACGACAAGACGACCAUCGUACGGGAGGUAUUCCUGCAAAGCAGCACGGCGUAUUUGGGCUGCGAGCGGAAGCGAGAUUUUCCCUGGAGCUGGGCUAUAACCUUUGUGGAGCGGACGCAAGCCCAGAUCAUGAGAUCGCACGAUGCUCCCUUCAUUGGCCACGUGCUGGCCGGCAGCGAGUGGGUGGACCGAACCAUCUGGUACUCCAGCAUCUGGUACUCCCUGUACAAGGACAAUAUCCUGCCGCCGGCGGAGAUCAUCAUCAAGUAGCUGCCAAACAUAGUUUAAACCGCUGUCUUGUGCAUUUUUUCUGUAGGUCUCGUGUAGAUAUUCUGAAUUUAUUUGUAAUAAUUAGGGAAUAUUUUGCAAUUUUUUUAUGGAACAUUUCGAUAAUUUUGCAAUAUUUUAAAUCGGUUAAGAAACGAUGAUGUUUUUUUUUACACAUUUUCUGUAAAUAAUUAUGUUCAUUCAAAACCAAAUUGUACAUAUGCUUAAGAAAUUUUAACUUAAUAAUUAAGAACAUGCCAUUUGUCUUCAAUAUAGCUCGAUUCCUGAA